CGACAAUCAACUGGAAGUGUCAGACUCAGGGAAAGAGUAUUGGGGUCCUCGGAGAUGGUUUCGGGGUCUUUUUACGCGUUGAUAGCGGGGUUCCUGGGAGCUGCUGCCUCUUUGUCCGCCAAGCUGUCGCUCGGUGCGGACUAUCUGAGAGAAAUGUGUGAGUCGGGACUGAGCGGCUGGACUGAAACGCACCGUGGAUCUCCUACCUGUGACUGGCUCCACAUCCCCCUGCGGCUGCUGUGUGGAGGCCUGCUGUUCACCUGUAACGCCGUCAUGUGGACCUUCUUCUCCAAGGCUCUGAGACACUGCUCCUCUUCAGCCAGGGCCACGGUCACUACCACUGCCUCCAACUUCAUCUCCUCUGCUGUGCUGGGGAGGCUGAUCUUUGGAGAGAGCCAUGCAACGCUGUGGUGGGUUGGCAUCUCUCUCACUCUGUGUGGACUCCUGCUGCUCCACGGUUCCACGCCUCAGACGCCCGCGCAGGAGGAGAAGAAAAAGGACAAGUGAUGAAUCGUUUGGCUUCUCGCGAGACUGAUGCACGGGAUCUGAAGUUGAAAAGUUGGGACACGUACUGGACUUUCUAAAGCACACAGAAGUGCAAAUGUUGGUGAUAAAGCCUGUUUUCUUGGAGAUUGCUUGCUGCAUCCUUCAGAACCUACUGGAGAUUAGUAGGUUUGGAUCGCAGUCAGAGUCUUCUCACCAGAACUUCUGUGCAUGUCCCAGAGUAACAGUGAGGGGUUAAUGUGCGUUACUGGAUAUUUACUGCCACCUCGUGGGAAUUUGAAGAAUAACUUCUAGACUACUACACACACUUAACAUCAAAUCUAAAGAAAAAUAAAGGGGAUAUUGAUUGCUACUGAAACCUAAAACAGACUAAAGGAAGCAGAGCAUUCCCCGCCCAGGAAAAAAUGAGAGAAUGAUUUAAAAACUUGCCGUCGUUCAGUCUGAACAGACAAUAAACGCAGGACGUUUAUUUCUGAAAAUGGCUGUGACGGAGCUGCCAGUGAAGUGCAGUUUUCUCUGAUCAGAAUGUAAUUUUUUUAAGCAUGUAGCUUUGUCUUUUAUUCUCUAAUCAUGAUUAUCCAAACACUGGACUAAUGUAUGGAACAAGAGCACAUAUGAUCUGAUGUACUGUAUGUAUGGACCAUUGGAUUGUUUUGUUGGAAUGUCCACUGCCUUGAAACACACAAGGUUAAUCAAUACCAUUUUUUUUUAAGCUUCUGCUUCAUAUGUACAUGUAUGUCAUAGCUCUGUUCCCUUUGUGGACGCGUGAGAAAUGCAAGUACGUGUCACAGAGACCAGAAGAGCUGUGACUGAUCUGAAAUUCAUUUCCUCCUCCGUGUACCUCAGUGGGCGGAUAAACACUCCUACACACCAUCUA